AUGCAAAACCUACUAAGGCGAGUCUCGCUCCGCUCCUCACGACACUUCUGCUCAUCCACCGGCAUCACUGAACCUCUGAGUAAAACCUUAUCAGAGGGUGGAGCACGCGGAGGCAUGAAGGCGGCCUUGAGGCCUUGGGUGAAAGUUGGAUGGGAAAAACCCGUCGGUAGUUUCCAAGACCCCAGCCGAGCUGGCAUGGUGCUGGUCGGAGGAUAUACCAGAUUGUCUGGUGCUGGCCUCUCGAUGACCAACUGGAAAUUCCAAGGAUCGCUCCCACCUAAUACUCCCGAGGCUUGGGAGCAUGAAUUCCUCCGCUACCAAGAAUUUCCUGAGUACCAGCGAAUCCACAAG